AUGUCUCACAACAUUCUCAUCACAGGCGCAUCGGGAUAUCUGGGCGGCACCCUCCUGGCCCGCUGGGGUGGUGCGGGGCUUCCGGCCUACCAGAAGCUGUUUGCCUUGGUUCGCACGCCCGAACAAGGUGAGGCAGUGAAGCAAUAUGGCGCUGAGCCCCUGGCUUUUAGCCUCAAGAAUGAGGCGGAGAUUAAGUCUGGCAUCGUCGAUAACGAGAUUAGUGUCAUCUUUUUUCUGAUCGAUGCAUUGACGUCAAAAGCUCAGCUGCCAAUGAUCAGAGCUUUGGCAGAGGUCAAGAAACAAACGGGGAAAGACGUCCAUUUUCUGCAUACUUCUGGUGCGAAGAUAUUUAGCAGCCAUGCUGGGCUUCCGCACGAUCGACCCCUGCACGAUGAUGACCCGCAGCUAUACGAUUUCCAGAAGUCAGCAAAGCCUGCGUUUCCUCCCAUGCAAAUGGCGGUUGCAACAAAUAAUGCUGUAAUUGAAACAGCGGAGGCCCAUGGAGUGCGGAGCUACAUUUUUGUGCCUUGUAUUGUGUACGGCCGAGGCGAAGGAUUCGGCAACCCUAUCUCCAUCCAGACUGUGGCCAUCGUCAACGCAGCCAGAAAACUUGAACAGGUGUAUAGACCAGACCAGGAGAUAUAUUCAUGGCCGGUGUGUCAUGUUAUUGACAACACAAGACUCUACCUCGAGAUCAUGCGAAACAUUCUAUCUGGCAAAAAUAUUGCACACGGAAAGAACGGUUAUUACUUGGCUUCCAGUGGGCCCAUCGUGUGGGAUGAUCUUUAUCGCGCAAUGGCCAAAGGGCUUGCUAAGCGUGGGGUCGUGAAAAGCGAUUCCGUUGAGGUAGCUGAUGAUGCCGCUCUGCAAGCAAUGGGCGAGGCUUUAGGGUGCCCCAAGGAAGCGGUAUCGGUACAUCUGGGAGGUAGCUGCACACUGACCCCAAAUAAUGCGUGUAAGAUUGGAUGGGCCCCAGAAUUUGCUGCUCAGCAUGCUCUUGAGGUGGCGGAUGAUGAGGUAGAUUUGAUCUUGAAAUCCUCUAAGUAA